AUGCAAGGGUAUCGAUGCCACAAUAUGGUAAUUAGGCGGUUCCUUCACACGCAUAUUCCUUGCUAUCUCCCAUUGAGGAAGCCCCAAUUUGAUACAAAGGCUAUAGUAGCUCAGUUACAAAGUUUUUUGAAAGCAGUGGAGGAAAGGGAUGUAGUCUCUGCUGAUGAACUGAUAUCACAGCUUAAAUUGCUACCAGAGCAACAGAAACACAGUAAUGCCAUUGAUAAGGCGAUCAAGGACAUACAGAUAAGACGUAAAAAAUUGGAAGCAGCUAUCAAAAGUGAUCAAAGUGAAGCUCACACGCUAAAACAGCCUUUGAAACAGCUGAAACAAGAAUUCCAAGAACUGACGGAGAAACAGAAAACCAUUAAAGAUUCCAUGCUACAGACAUGCCUAUCUCUACCGAAUCUAACUGCUACUGAUGUACCUAGUAGUGAGCCCGAGGUCGUGUCUUGGAUCAACCCCAAAGAUAACUACACUGCAGAUCCUCGUAGGGAACAUCAGAAGAUUAUGAUUCGGAAGGGCAUGGUGGAUUUUCAAACGGCAUCAGCCAUCUCGGGGUCAUCAUGGUAUUAUUUGUUGAACGAAGGUGCCAUGUUGGAGCACGCACUUGUGAACUAUGUCAGCAAAAAGGCACGCCAAUGGGGUUUCAAAAUGUGUCUGCCUCCAAGUAUCGUUAGAAAUGAAGUCAUCGUUGCGUGUGGUUUUAAGCCCAGAGACAUGAACAAUGAACGACAAAUCUACCAUUUGAGCGAUACUCAGCUUGGCUUAGUAGCAACUGCUGAAAUAUCCUUAGCUGGGUUAGGUGUAAACAGAACUUUGGAUCUUACAACCCCCAUAGGUCUCUUUGGUGUAAGCCGUAGCUACAGAGCAGAAGCGGGUGCCAGUGGUCGGGACACCAAAGGCCUAUAUAGGGUACACGAAUUUACCAAAGUUGAAUUGUUCUACUGGGCCAAACCAGAGGAGAGUGCCCUGCUUUUAGAGAGAUUAAGGGAAUUACAAACAGAAAUAUUUACCGAACUAGGCCUAUCAGCAAGAGUGCUAAACAUGCCAAAGAAUGAUCUUGGUUCCCCUGCAUAUAAAAAAUAUGACAUUGAAGUAUGGAUGCCAGGAAGAGGGUCAUUUGGCGAGGUAUCCAGUGCGUCAAAUUGUACCGAUUACCAAAGCAGGCGGUUGCACACCACAUAUAUGAAUACUAAAACUGGUAAGUUGGAUUACAGUCAUACGUUAAACGGUACUGCCAUGGCGAUCCCACGGGUAAUCUUAGCCAUCGUGGAAAACUUCUAUGACACAAAAAACGAUAGAAUAAAUAUUCCAGAGGUUCUACGUCCAUAUAUGGAGGGAUUAGAAUAUAUAUGA